ACAGAGUUGUCCUUCCUGGACUACAUCAGAGGCGGGACACAGAUUAAUUUCACAGUGGCAAUUGAUUUCACAGCAUCAAAUGGUAACCCAUCUCAGCCCACCUCACUUCAUUACAUGAGCCCAUAUCAGCUGAAUGACUACGCCAUGGCGCUGCGGGCCGUGGGUGAGAUCAUCCAGGACUAUGAUAGCGACAAGCUGUUUCCUGCACUUGGCUUUGGUGCCAAGCUUCCACCAGAUGGACGCGUCUCUCAUGAGUUUCCCUUGAACGGUAAUCUACAGAACCCAUACUGCAGUGGCAUCGAGGGAGUACUGGAGGCCUACUACCAGAGUCUAAAAACUGUGCGGCUCUACGGACCCACCCACUUCUCCCCCGUAAUUAACCACGUGGCCAGGUAUGCCUCAGCAGUGACAGACGGCUCACAGUACUUCAUCCUCCUCAUCAUCUCAGACGGCGUGAUCACAGACAUGGCACAGACCAAGGAGUCCAUAGUCAAUGCUGCAUCCCUGCCCAUGUCGAUUAUAAUAGUGGGGGUUGGACCAGCAGAAUUUGAUGAAAUGAUCGAGCUGGACGGGGAUGAAGAGAGGAUCUCAUCCCAGGGACGAUACGCUGAGAGGGACAUUGUCCAGUUUGUUCCUUUCAGAGACUACAUUGAUCGGCGUGGAAAUCACAUUCUCAGCAUGGCACGCCUGGCUAAAGAAGUGCUAGCCGAAAUCCCGGACCAGUUCCUAUCUUAUAUGAGGACCCGUGGGAUCAAACCCGGCCCCUUGCCACCCCCUUAUACCCCAUGUCCUCCACCUGCCAUCCACCCUCUUCACACCAGACGGGUAAGCCGAAUCUGAAGGCCCUCAACGACAGCUGGCCAUCUCUCCUGGCAUCUUCUCUUCUCUUUGAGCUUCCUCUUCUUGCUGUACUCUUCACCGGAAGCUUUUGAGCGCAUGGUGAAACCUUGCCUGCUCACUCAUGCUGCACUUUGGGUGCGAAUGGCUAACCCCAACUGGGAUGCUUCCACGUUUUUUAGAAGCGAGGGUUUUCUGUAGAUUUUGGUUGUUCUUUUGAAGAAUUGCAGUGAUUGAUUAAGAUCACUGGACUGUGUCAGAAGGAGAGAGCUGGACAGCUUCCAGACUGAAGGAGUCCAAACUUGGGAGGCUCUUUUUUUCACUCUACAUCUGUUUUCUUUCUUGGUUUCUACUUCCUUUAUCAUACACAAAAUCACAUCUCUUGAUAUAGAAAUGUUUACAUGUGGGGGAGUGUUUUUCAGGAGAAAAAUUUAUACCGAUCAAUGUGAAAACCUUUCAGAUUCCUAUUUUUCAUCUGUAGAAACAGGAGCUUGUGAAUUUGUAAAAUAAUAAUAAUAUUAAAGAGUGUACAGUACA